AUGCAUUUCGCCCCAAUUGGCCUUGUGCUAGCCCUUUUCACACUUCUAGUGUCGGCGUUAGAUGUUGACUGGCAGAAAACCCAGGUUUUGGUUGUCCAUGACCCAGACGCAUCUCCAGAAAGAGACGUGCUCUCGACACUUUUCCAGCUUAAUGAAGAUUACAAUGUUACUUUGGCCGAGUAUUCCGACCUGGACAAUCUGUUAUUCCUUGGUGGCGAUAAUCUUUACAAUCAUGUGGUGUUCUUGCCAUCUUCGAAGAGAGCUGUGGCUGCUAAGGAGUUAGUCAAUAAGCACAACUUGCUUGAGUUCUUUAAUAACGGCGGCAAUGUGCUUGCCGUUGGCUCCAGCACCAAUUCUUUGCCUGAUCAGGUUCGUCUAUUCUUGAAUGAAGCUGGAAUCUUCCCUGCCCCUAAGAAUUUUGCUGUGGCUUCUCACUUUGACAAGAAGGUUACUCUUAACUCGAAGAACAGCGCAGACUCUCUUAUUUUGUCUGAAGUGCCUGAGAUCGACUACGACGGAACUGCUGCAUUACUCUCCAAUAGCGAGCUUGUUUUCCCCAUUAUCAAAGCACCAAAGUUAUCGUAUUGUGCUAACCCUAAGGACAAGCACUUGACCAGCGAAAAGACUUGGUCUGUGGGCGAGCAGGGCUUCUUGGCAGCCGCUUUCCAGGGUUUGAACAACGCACGUGGAUUGUGGGUUGGAUCCAUUGAUUUGUUGGCUGAGGAAUUGGUACAAUGGGUGUUCCAGCAGUCUGGAGUAUUGAAGUUGCAAUUCGCUCAUCACUACAAGACGGAUGAGCCCAACGUCAGCAACAACACUUUGUACAGAAUCAAGGACGAAGUGUAUUACACAAUUGGUGUUUCUGAAUUGAAGAAUGGAAAGUGGGUUCCUUUCAUUCCUUCCAGAGAUGAUGAUGUUAUCCAAUUGUCCUUCAAGAUGUUGGAUCCAUACCAGAGAUUGAACUUGACACUCUUGGGCCCAGGUGCUUCCAGAGAGUACGGUGAGAACGACUUGUCCAUUUUCUACGUGGAAUUUAAGCUUCCAGACCAUCACGGAAUGUUUACCUUCGACUUGGACUACAAGAGGGAUGGAUUGUCAUUUGUCGAGAACAAGCAGAUCGUAGCUGUAAGACAUUUGGCCAAUGACGAAUUCAAGCGUUCUUGGGAUAUUUCCAACUCGUGGCUUUACGUCGCCAGCGCUUUUUUUGUUGUGGUUGCUUGGUUUUUCUUUGUUGUCAAUUUCUUGUUCAUUGGCAAUGAGAAGCCGGAAUUAAAGACCGUGAAGAAGACCGUGAAGAAGAGUGAGGAGAAGGCUGAAAAAGCUGAAAAGUCCCCCUAA